UUUCGCAGAAAAAAGGUUCUUUAUACAGUUAAUUAUACGAAACCCCUCAACAUGGCUGGAGUUUGGAGACAAGAGUUGAGUUCUCUGCAAGCUGGAACCCAAAAUUCCAUCCUGAUUGGAAUAAUUAUCCACAGCGGAAAUCCAAAAAUCUUCGAACCAACGAACCCAAGAUAUGGAUUUGGAGGAGAACGGGCAGUUUGGUCUUUCACUUUCCGUGAUUCCCCUGACGAUUUUAUCAACGUGACUGUUUGGGGCAGUACAGAAUAUAUAAACUCGUGCUUCAAAUCUUUCCAAGUAGGAAGUGUUGUCGAGAUUAUAAACAGCAAAGUGCUGAGUCGCAGACCUGAUGACUCGCGCGACAUGUUUGUUCCGACUGUAACUAGCCCACUGCAAAUCACUGUAAAUGAAGGAAACGCACUUAUUCAGUUCCACGACAGUGAAGGCAGAGCUCAUUAUCAACCUUUGCUCAAAAUGCCAACGAAAACAAUGGAUUCAUUGAGAUCUUUGAACUAUGUUCUGCAAAAUAUCGAAGAGCUAAGGGACCAAUUUAUUGAUCUUUUGGUCGUCGUUACCUUCAUUGGUGAAGUGCGUGACAUUAUUAGUCGAGAUGGUCGAUCUUUUAAGUGUCGCACUUUCGAAGUAGCUGAUGCAUCAACGGAAAAAACGAUUUCCCUCCAACUUUGGGAUAACGAAUGGAUCAGGUUGUCUGAACUUUGGGAGCCUCGAAAAACAGUUCUCUUCCUGGCAGACGCUCGCGUGGGAUAUGAUAAUUUUAAGAAAAAGACGAUCGUAUCAAUCGCAAGGAAGACUUUGAUCACAGAGAAUCCGAGCGUCCAACAAGCACUCGACAUGAGACUUGCGAUUCGAAACAGACCCGAAUUGUCGCCAAGUGACCCUUAUUCUCUUCCAAGUCCAAAGAAUAUCACGAACGUGAUGACAGUACAGCAAAUCACGCAGAAAUUGAACGCAGGCUCGACUGGAACCGACGAAAGAGUUCAGUUUUUCGCGAUUUUAUACGCAAGCAUCACAGAACUCAACUUGGACAGUAAAGACGCAAAUCUUCUUCUCACGAAAUGCGCACUUUGUAAGAGAAUGGUGCAGAAAGAUCGCGACUCUUGUAUGAAUUUGGACUGCCCUUCUGGAAAUGGCAGCAGGGAACCCUACAACCUUGUUACAUUCAAUGUCAAAUUGAAUUUAAAAGACGAUACUGGAUAUCUGGUUGGAUGUCGACUUAUUGGAAAGGCGGCUGAACAAAUUUUCGGAUGCACCGCUACAGAGUUUCAAACUAUGAAAGCGGAACAACGAAUGGAGCUAAAAUGGAAAUUUCUCUUGUCGAAAUUCGACGUGAGAAUGCAAGUUUUGGGACCAACAGCCAGCAUAACUCGCGCGAUUUAUAACAUUUUACACAUGUCACGAUUUGAGACUGCGGAAGACAUUUCUUUCGAUGAUAUUAUAGAUCCAAUGCGGAAUCACUAAUUUUAAGUUAAAAAUUUCGACAUAAGCAAAUCCCAGUUAUAAUUUUUCUAUCAAGUUUAUUUUUCGUAGACAUUUUUUUAAUCAUAUUUAAAUGACUAUUUAUAUUUGUUAAAUAAUACUUCCGGAUCGGAG